AUGGAACAAUCAAAAAAUACGAAUGUUCCUGAAUCAAAUGUUUUUCAAGCAAUACAAAAAAAUAAAAUAAUUCAAGGUCAAUUAAUUGAUCGUCAACGUUUAUAUGAUAUACAAUUAGUAAAAGAUAUGAAAGAUUAUGAUAUAGAAGAAAAAUAUAAUCGAGAUUUAUUAUACACAUGGAAAAAAGAAACUUAUUUACGACAAUUAAAAAAAAGUUUACAAGAAUAUGAGUAUAACAAAACAAAUAUUACCGACGCAUUUUAUGAAUAUCAAGUGAGAAAUUUAGAUCAUAUUACAUCGAAUCGACCAGGUCUUAUUAUACCACCGAGAGAAGAAGAACGUCGUUUAAAUAUUAAAAUAAGAUAUGAAGAAUUUCUUCAAAAAAAUCCUAUUCAAACUUUAUCAUCAGUUCCUAUCGAUAAAACAACAAAUAAUAUUCCUAAACAAAAUCAAAAUCAACAAGAUGAAGAUGAAAUCGCUCGUAAUUUAGAACAAACUUGGAAACAUAUUCAAACACAAACUGCUAAUGUAUCAACAGAAAAACAAAAUCUUGAUUCAUCUACUCUUCAUCGUUCAUUAACACUGAAUGAUAUUCGAAGAAAUAAAACAAAUCCAAUUCGAUCAAUGACUGCAUCGAAUGUACUUGGUAGAACAACUUCAAAUAUCGAUAAUUUAAUAUCAAAUGAAAAAUCUCAACAAUCACUAAUUAGACCACGAUCAAAUCAUUUCGAAUCACAUGAUAAAAUUGAAUCAUUAUCUAUCGCACCGAACGUAUUAAACAAAUAUACUCAUUCUGAUCUUUAUACAAUACGUAGUAUACGUCGACCAAAACAAAAUCCAAUAGAUUUAAGUUACAUCUAUGAAACACGUCGACGUAUUUGUCAAAUAAAUAAACGUAGUAUAGAUUGGCAAAUAUUAAAGAAAAAAUGUUAUAAUAAUUAA